AUGAACCUCUCGCACGUCCUUGAUGGCCUCCGCACCGGCCUCUAUUACGCUUCUUUUAUCGGUCGCCUCUUCACGUUUCCCAUCCGACUCGCUUACGUCCCCAUAUCUUACCUCCUGAGCGCUCUGAGCGUCGUGUUUGCACCAGCCAUCUACCUAUUCUCAUAUAUUGUAGGCUGGUGCCGUGGCGUCAUUGAUUUCAUAAUCUCUCUCCAGCCGCUUUACACCUUUCUUGGCACCGCAGCAGCAGUCGGUAUCUUCGCCGGCUUCACACUUGCCACAUCGUCAACCGUCAUCACUUCAUAUCUCGGCAUGCAAGAUGGAGGCAACGGCAGCUCCGAAGGGACUCGUUCUCGCGCUUCUCAAACAAAAAAGUCUCUGCCGCCAUUUUCAUCCGACCCCCUCCUUAAAGAUGAUUCAUCCUCCAAUGACGGGGAGUGGUAUUGGCCCGACCCUAACCCCUCCUCACGACGCCGCCCUGUAACCGGGCUGUUGUCACAGACGAUUCUUGAAGAAGAGGAUGAUUCUGAAUUAUAG